CUUUGUUUCUCUUGUUUUAACGCUUUCUAUUUUAUAUAUUUAAAUAUAUUUUUAUUAUUUUGGGACAGAACAGAACUCAUAUACCCCCCUUUUAUUCACCAUGACACCCACACGUAGAAGUAGAAAGCCAGGACCAAAGAAGAGUAAACUAACUCAAAACGUCACCGAAUCUUCCUCAGAAGAGAGUUCAGAUGCUGGCUCUGUUACUCGAUGUAUCUGUGGUGAAGCACAUAACUCUGGAUUAAUGGUGCAGUGUGAUAAAUGUGAAGUCUGGCAACAUUGUGAGUGCAUAGGAUUGAUCCAAGAGAAAUUACCAGACCAUUAUUAUUGUGAUCAGUGUCAACCCGAGAAUCAUCAACUCAUUAAAACACCUUCUGGACGAUCAAAACGAUUAUACAAUACUACCACACCUUGGUUAAUAGAUGCAACUAGUGCUAUUAUUGGAACAAACUCCGAAAUCAUCAAACCGCCCAGCAAAAAGAGAAAGACAAGCACCAGUAGUCCAACCACUGAACUUAUCUUGCUGGACACUGUUAUAACCAAUGCAUUAUCUCCAAGGGCAUUGCAGGAGUCACCCGUAUCGACUACGGUCGAAGAAAUGGAAUCUUUAUUUGUGAUAGAAGAACGUACAACAAGGUCACGACGUACGACUGCAACAGCGGCAUCAUCGUCCUCAUCCACAGCAGCAACAGCAGCAACAGCAGCAGCAGCAAUAAUCACAACAACAAUAACAACAACAAAAACAACAUGUGAGGAAGAACCACAGCAACAACAACAACAACAACAACAACAGAAAAAGAAAGCGAAGCGAGCUACUUCCUUCUCUCCUUCACCUAAACAGAACCAUCAACCUAAAUCCAAUUCGUGUCCGUUGUUAAUGAUGGAUGAAAUCACUACCCAUUCUCCUUACUGGAAUGCCACAGACGGUAAACCCACCCGUGAAUCCUCUCCACCCGCCAAAAUCAAAUACCCCAAUUCAAAAAUGACUUUUUACGAAAUGAAUAAACGAGCCAAACAAAUAUUGGAUUGUGUAUCCAAAUUACAGGUGGAAAAGCCUUCGACAGAAGCAGAAGUAGAAGAAGAGGAGUGCUUGAUGAUGCGACAGAGAUCCUUAUCGUGUUCUUCUUCCUCUUCCCUUAGUAGUGCUUCCACUGUACCCCUCCUGGCUGAUGAUUACACGUGUCCGUCAAGUCCAUCCACGCCUAUACCUUUUAUACCAGUCAAACAAGACGAAUCUUCUGUACAAAUAUUGGAUCGUGUCACCCGAGAAUUAUCCAAAUUUCAGAGGAAAUUCGGUCUUUUGCAUCACCAUCAUCAUCACACCAUCUCUCCCAGACCUCCUACUACUGCUGCUACUGUUGCCGCCACCAAUAAAAAAUGAUUUUCUUUCUUUUUUCACUUGCAUUUU